AUGUUUUUUCAGCUUGUUUAUGUGGCUGCAUUUGUAACAUCUUGUUGGAGUAAUACGCCGUAUCGAACGAGUAAACCGUUUAAUCCGUUAUGGAGCGAAACGUUUGAAUUCGAUCGUUCUGCAGAUCUCGGUUGGAAGUCAAUUGCUGAGCAGGUAAGUCAUCACCCACCUAUAGGAGCACUGCACGCUGAUGGACGUGGUUGGGUUUACGAUGAAGACAUGUGUGUUAUUUCACAAUUUCAAGCAACUGCUAUGAAACUCUAUCCAGAUGGAUGGGCCGUGCUCUCCUUUCCAAAUACGGGAACAACGUAUAUUUGGACGAAGAAGGACGUUCAAACUAUCGUUAGAGGAUUCAUCGUCGGUCCGCUGAUUGUUCACAAUGAAGGCGUUUGCGUUAUCAAGGUUCAAUCUUUAUUACUUGCAUUUUUGUUCACAUACCGUUUGUUUAUUUCAGAUUACUGUUAA